AUGAAGCUCUCUCUCGGUCUCGUAUCUUCGCUCCUGCUUUCGGGCGCCUCCAUUGCAUCUGCUGCUGCUUGGAGCUUCGAGGAUGCCACGGUUUCCAUUGCCAGCAAAGGUGCUGGCGUCGGAGCUGCUUCCAAGAACGCGCUCGGCGCCACCAAGCCUCUCGCAAAGGCGGUAUCGCUGGGCGCGACCGACUUGUUGAAGCUCGACCUCACCACAGUCGAUGGAAAGACUGCGAAGCGACCGCACCAGGCCUUCCUCACCUUGACAGACCCCGCCACGGGGCUGGAGGCGUCCUUCGUGCUCAAUGUCAAGGACAGCGGCAAGGCCAAGCUCUUUCUGUCACACAAGGACCUACCCCACCAAUUCCUCACCUCCACCAAGCCAAUUCCCGCCUCGAUCGUCGUCGGCGCAUUCGGCUCGUCCGCGCCCUACAAGCAAAAGGUCUUUGACUUGGCUGUCACCCGCGAUGCCAACGUACCUCUCGCCAUCCCCGAGCCACCGCUCCGCUACGCCGCCGAGCCCGAGAUCCACCACGUCUUCCGCGACGACCCCAAAUCGCCUCCCAAGAUCAUCACCAUCUUCUUCGCUGCUGCCGUUGCUGCUGCCCUUCCCUUCUUGCUCGGUCUCUGGGCCACCCUGGGUGCCAACGUCAGUCACCUAAACAAGGCGCUCGGCGCAGCCCCUGUCUCGCACGCCCUCUUCUACGGCUCUAUCAUCGCUAUGGAGGGCGUUUUCUUCCUCUACUACACGAGCUGGAACCUCUUCCAGACCCUGCCUGCCGCUGGUCUUGUCGGCGUGGUGGCCUUCUUGAGCGGCAGCCGGGCGCUGUCCGAGGUCCAGGAGCGCCGUUUGGCCGGUCUGAGAUGA